CCGACGGGCAGAAGGAGCGGCGUGCACCCUCGGGGUCGCCGCCCGCCACUGCCAUGCCGCUGCUCCUCCCGCUGCUAGCCUGUGCCCUGGCGAUCGGCGCCCUCGGAUCCACUCCAGGGCACCCAGAUGACUGGAGGCAGCUGGACAUCGUGCACCCUGUGCGGGUGGACGCAAGCGGCUCCUUCCUGUCCUUCGAGCUGUGGCCACGGGUGCUGAACAGGCGAGAGAUGUCUGCACGACCCCGUGCCGCACCCACAUUCUACGAGCUGCAGUUCCAAGGGCGUGCAGUGCGCUUCAACCUUUCUGCCAACACGCAGCUGCUGGCGCCUAGCUUCGUGGUGGAGACUCGCAGGCGCGGUGGCCUGGGCCAAGUGGCGAUCCGGGCAGGCGCAUGGGCACCCGCCUGCCACCUGCUGGGUCACGUGCAGGACUCAGGGGCUCAGGGUCCCCAGGACCUGCCCGGACACGCAGCCAUCAGUGCCUGUGAUGGGCUGAAAGGCAUGUUCCAGCUGGCCAGCAAGGACUACUUCAUCGAGCCCCUAUCCGGUGUCCUGGCCCAGCCUGACCAAGCCCAGCCCCACGUACUGUACCAGCGUGAAGCCCCAGAUGAACGAGGGAACUCUACCGCUGCAGCCACCUGCUGGGUUCAAGAGUCCCCUGACGUGGAGCCAAAGCGGGAGCGUUGGCAGUCUCGACAUCGGCGACACCAGCCAAGGCGUCUGCACCUGGGCUCAGUCAGCAAAGAGAAGUGGGUGGAGACUCUGGUGGUCGCCGACGCCAAAAUGGUGGAGUUCCACGGACACCCCCAGGUGGAGAGCUAUGUGCUGACUGUCAUGAACAUGGUAGCCGGCCUAUACCAUGACCCCAGCAUUGGGAACCCCAUUCAUAUCACCAUUGUGCGCCUGAUUCUUCUGGAAGAGGAGGAGGAAAACCUGAAGAUCACGCACCACGCAGACAACACCCUGUGGAGCUUCUGCAAGUGGCAGAAGAUGAUCAACCCUAAGGGUGACUCUCAUCCGCAGCACCAUGACAUGGCCAUCCUGCUCACAAGGAAGGAUCUGUGUGCAGCUAGGAACCAGCCCUGUGAGACGCUGGGCAUGUCGCAUGUGGCGGGCAUGUGCCAGCCUCAUCGCAGUUGCAGCAUCUGUGAAGACACAGGCCUGCCCUUGGCCUUCACUGUGGCUCACGAACUCGGACACAGCUUUGGUGUCCAACACGAUGGCCUUGGAAACCAGUGCUUGUCUCAAGGGAAAAGUUCUUUCAUAAUGUCUCCACAGCUCCUGUAUAGCACGACACCCCUCACCUGGUCCCCCUGCAGCCGCCAGUACAUUACCAGGUUCCUCGACCGGGGCUGGGGUGUGUGCCUGGAUGACCUACCAGCAAAGGAUGCCAUCGACUUUCCCUCCGUGCCACCUGGAAUCCUCUAUGAUGUGGGUCACCAGUGUCGCCUGCAGUAUGGGGGCUCCUCUGUCUUUUGCCAGGACAUGGACAAUGUCUGCCACACGCUGUGGUGCUCAGUGGGGACAACCUGCCACUCCAAGCUAGACGCCGCAGUGGAUGGCACCCGAUGUGGGGAGAACAAGUGGUGUCUGAAUGGGGACUGCGUAUCUGUGGGCUUCCGACCCAAGGCUGUGGAUGGGCAGUGGUCAGCGUGGAGCUCCUGGUCAGAAUGCACGCGGAGCUGCGGUGUGGGCGUGCAGAGCAUUGAGAGGCAGUGCACCCAGCCUGCACCUAGGUUCAAGGGCAAGUACUGCGUGGGUGAGAGGAAGCGCUACAAGCUCUGCAAUCUCCAAGCCUGCCCCCGAGGCCAGCCUUCCUUCCGUGAGGUGCAGUGCAGCAAAUUCGACUCGGUGUUGUUGGACAAAAAGCUAUACACAUGGGUGCCCGUGGCCAAUGACGCGAACCCCUGUGAGCUGCACUGUCGGCCCAUCAAUGAGCAUUUUGUGGAGAAACUGCUGGAUGCCGUGGCUGACGGCACCCCCUGCUACCAGGGCCGGCCCAGCCGGGACCUGUGCAUCAAUGGGAUCUGCAAGAAUGUGGGCUGUGACUUCAUCAUCAACUCAGAGGCCAUGGAGGAUCGCUGCGGAGUGUGCCAGGGAAAUGGCUCCACCUGUCGCACCAUGAACAUCACCUUUGAUGAGUCUGAGGGCUCAGGCUAUGUGGACAUGUUGCUGAUCCCAGCUGGUGCCCGUGAGAUCCACAUUAAGGAGAUGGCCUCCUCCACCAACUUCCUGGCCCUGCGGGGUGAAGACCCAGAUAGAUACUUCCUCAAUGGGAACUGGACCAUCCAGUGGAAUGGGAACUACCAGGUGGCCGGAACCAUCUUCACCUACACACGCGAUGGGGACCAGGAGAACCUCACAUCCCCAGGACCUCUCCAGGAGCCCGUCUGGAUCCAGCUCCUGUUCCAGACGAGCAACCCAGGAGUGCACAUCCAGUACACCAUCUCGCAGACAGUGGCAGCUGGUGGCCAGGGACAGCUGCCUAAGUUCUCCUGGAGCUUUGGGCCCUGGACCCAGUGCUCGGUGACCUGUGGCUCAGGUUUCCAGAAGCAGAAUGUGUAUUGCACCGAGCUGCACACGGGGCUGGUGGAUGAGCGGCACUGUGACCCUAAGGAGCGGCCUGAAGACCACCAGAGACCCUGUAGGGAGGAUCCCUGUCCAGCCCGGUGGUGGACUGGAGAGUGGCAUCCCUGUUCACACUCCUGUGGGCCUAGUGGCCUGGCCCUGCGCUCGGUGCUCUGCAUCCGCAGCUUGCGGCUAGACGAACAGAUCGCCCUGGAGCCAUCUGCCUGCCAGCACCUGAUCCAGCCGGCCUCUGAGAUCCCUUGCAACCAGCAUGUGCCCUGUCCGCCCACCUGGGCUGUGGGGAACUGGUCCCAGUGCUCUGUGACGUGUGGGACAGGCAUCCAGCACCGGUUGGUUGAGUGCACACACAGCCCUGCCUGUGAUGAGGCCCAGCGGCCAGCCAGUGAAGUUCCUUGCUCCCGGCCGCCCUGUGAGGGCCCCGACAGCUCAGGCAGUGGCUCCUCUAGCCAUGAGGACUUCAACGAAGUGGAUGUGGUGCCUGGUGGCAGGGUCCCCAGGCCCCCGACCUCCAUGCCUGCCAUCGUGAGCAAUGCCAUCGAGGACCCCAUUGAAAGACUGGAGCCAGUGAUCGUGGACGACUUCUACUAUGACUACAACUUUAUCAACUUCCACGAGAACCUGGACUCCUGGCCCUUGGCCGAGCAGGGCUCUGAUCAGGGGGACCUCUGGGGCUGGACGUCCCCAAUAGAAACCCCCACGCCGGCUGCAGAGUCUCUUCCAGACUGGACUCCUCCUCCCACCCCUGGCCAGGCUGGCCACAUCCCCUCACUCCCCCCUGAGCAGACCCUGGAGUACCCCUGGGCCAGAAUUUCAACUGAGGCUCCAGAUCUCAGGCUUCCCCACUGGGACUGGCCACUGCCUCCGGGGGACAGUGUGGAGUCACCCCCUGCCCCUGGGAGUGAGGACGGAUCACACUGGAGUCCCCCAGGUUGGGAAAGGAACGAGGAGUUUGCAGGCCACAGUGAGUCACCCCUGCUGCCCAGUGCCAGCACGCGGCGGCUGUGGACUGAUAGUCCUGUCGGCCCUGAACUGUGGCCUGCCCCCACAGACACCCCACUGGUAACCUGGGACAGGGAAGGACCCGGGGGCUUGGAGCCGCCCACCCUCUCCCCUGCUGGGCCAACCCUAGUGGGGGUGAGGAGCUUCCUCCUGACAGCCCCCAGCCCCCACCCUCCCCCAAGGGCCCCGCAGCACAGACCUGCCAACAGUAGCGGAACCCCUGAGGCCCACCCGGAUGCCAGCCUGGAUCGGGAGGGGCUCCCCAGCCUUGUGCCACCUGCCAGGAAUGCCAGCUGGGAAGUGGGGGACUGGAGUGAGGCAAGUAUGGGUCGGGGGACUGCUCGGUUGAUUCCUUUUCCAAGCAGACAAGCUGGGGGCAGCCUGGAAGCUUAUCUCACCUGCAGGGCUUGGGCAGGGCAGGGUUCACCCCCACUUUGGGCCUCUGUGGCCCUCGACUUGGCAGAAUGCGAUGGGGUGGGUCUGUGCUUGGCCCUCACACCCAUGUCUCCUCAGUGCUCCACCACCUGUGGCCUUGGUGCUGUGUGGAGGCCCGUGUUCUGCAGCUCUGGCCGGGAUGAGGACUGUGCCCCUUCUGCCCGACCCCAGCCCGCCCGCCACUGCCACCUGCGGCCCUGCGCCAUGUGGCAUGCCAGCAACUGGAGCAAAUGCUCCCGCAGCUGCGGCGGCGGCGGGUUCUCUGUGCGGGAAGUGCAGUGUGUGGACCCCUGGGACUUCCGGCCUCUUCGGCCUUUCCACUGCCAGCUGGGGCCAGCACAGCCACCCACCCGGCAGCCCUGUGGGGCCCGGCCCUGCCUCAACUGGUCCACGUCAUCCUGGAGGGAGUGCUCAGAGGCCUGUGGCGGGGGCGAGCAGCAGCGCCUAGUGACCUGCCCCGAGCCUGGCCUCUGUGAUGAGGAGCAGAGACCUGACAGCUCACAGCUUUGCAACACGCAGCCCUGCACCCAGUGGGUGGUGGGGCCUUGGGGCCAGUGCUCAGCUUACUGUGGUGGUGGAGUCCAGCGGCGCUUGGUCAGCUGUGUCAACAUGCAGACUGGGCUGCCCGAGGACAGUGAUAAGUGCAGCCACAAACCCUGGCCCGAGAGCUCGCAGCCAUGUGGCAACCAGGACUGUGUACCCCUUAAGCCACUCAGCUGUGAGCGGGAUCGCCUGGCCUUCAGUGCUUGUGAAACCCUGCGCCUGCUUGGACGCUGCCAGCUGCCCACUGUGAUCACCCAGUGCUGCCGUACCUGCCACCUGGACGACCUCAGGGACUCAGCCCAUGGCCAUCAUCGGGCUGCCCGCCGCUAACUGCCACUGGACUCUAGACCAGCCAGACCUCAGCCCCCUCCCCUCCUGUGGGGGCCCUCGCCUGAUGGUGCUGACCGGCCCCUCCCCAAGAAAAGGUAUUUUAUUUUUUAGCGUGCACAUUCUCAUCCAUAAAGGCCUCUGCCUCUCGGGAGACACAGCUCCACUUCCUGGGUGUGGGCACUCCAGCACCCAAGGACAUGCCAAACCAACUCCUGUCCCUACUGGUUCAUCUCUGGGAGGACAUUUGUUCUGUUUCUAUGCUGUUCCAAUGGGAGAGAAGGGCAGUGACCUACUGGUGGUUGGUCUGCUCCAGACAAACCAUGAGCCCCUACCCCAGACAUGCCCCCAGAGACCCUCCCCAGCCAUAAGUCCAUUUUCAGCCAUAAGGUUACACAAAU